AUGGCCCCCUCUUCAUCCAAGGAGAAGCGUCUCGCCAAGAAGGCUGCCGAGGGCAAGCUCAAGGGCAAGAAGGGCAAGAAGACUGAGGAGCCUGAGCUCGACGCCCACGGCAACCCCAUCAAGGACGAUGAUGCCCCCGCGACUUCAGGCGCAAAGCUCGACGAGGUGAAGCGUCUCGCCGAGCAGAUGGACAAGCACGGUAUCUCCGACCGUGUUACCACCGGUGUCCUCGCCUCUACUCAAACCAGCAAGGACGUCAAGAUCACCAGUACCUCUCUGGUCUUCCACGGUCGAGUCCUUAUCACCGAUUCCACUCUAGAACUCACCUACGGUCGACGAUACGGUCUUCUCGGUGAGAACGGUUGCGGAAAGUCUACUUUCCUCAAGGCCAUCGCCGCUCGCGAGUACCCCAUUCCUGAGCAUCUCGAUAUCUACCUUCUCAACGAGGGUGCUCCUCCCAGUGACCUCGGUGCCCUUGAGUGGGUCGUCCGAGAGGCUGAGCUGGAGCUGGAGCGUCUCGACCACCAGGCUGAGAAACUUCUCGAGGACGAGGGCCCUGAGAGCCCUGUUCUCCUCGAUCUCUACGAGCACAUGGACAAGCUUGAUCCCUCAACCUUCGCUACUCGUGCUUCCCUUAUCCUGACUGGUCUUGGUUUCAACAAGAAGACCAUCCACAAGAAGACCAAGGACAUGUCUGGUGGUUGGCGUAUGCGUGUCGCCCUGGCCAAGGCCCUCUUCGUCAAGCCCUCCGUUCUCCUUCUCGAUGAUCCCACUGCCCAUUUGGAUUUGGAGGCCUGUGUGUGGCUCGAGGAGUACCUCAAGAAGUGGGAGCGAACUCUCGUCCUCGUCUCCCACUCUAUGGAUUUCCUCAACGGUGUCUGCUCCAACAUGAUUGACAUGCGAGGCAAGCAGCUCAUCUACUAUGGUGGUAACUACGACUCUUACAGCAAGACUCGAACCGAGAACGAGACCAACCAGAUGAAGGCCUACCAGAAGCAGCAGGAUGAAAUUGUUCACAUCAAGAAGUUCAUUGCCAGCGCUGGUACAUACGCCAAUUUGGUCCGACAGGCCAAGUCCCGACAGAAGAUUCUCGACAAGAUGGAGGCCGAUGGUUUCAUCCAACCCGUCGAGCAGGACCGUGUCUUCACUUUCCGUUUCGCCGAUGUUGAUAAGCUCCCUCCUCCCGUUCUGUCAUUCGAUAAUGUCACCUUCUCUUACUCUGGUAAGCCUGAGGACGAUCUGUACCGCAACCUUGACCUUGGUUUCGAUAUGGACUCCCGAACUGCCCUUGUCGGCCCUAACGGUGUGGGCAAGUCUACUCUGCUCCGCCUCAUGACUGGCAAGCUUUCUCCCACAGGCGGUGUCGUUACCCGACACACUCACUUGAAGCUUGGUCUCUACUCUCAGCACAGUUCCGAGCAGCUUGACUUGACAAAGUCUGCUCUCGACUUCGUUCGCGAUAAGUACAGUGAGAAGUCUCAGGAUUACCAGUACUGGCGUCAGCAGCUCGGCAAAUACGGUCUUAGCGGUGACUCUCAGACUGCCCUGAUGGGUACUCUGUCUGAGGGUCAGAAGAGUCGUAUCGUGUUUGCUCUGUUGGCCAUUGAGAGCCCCAACAUGUUGCUUCUUGACGAGCCUACCAACGGUCUGGAUAUUCCUACCAUCGACAGUUUGGCAGAUGCCAUCAAUGCCUUCAGCGGAGGUGUUAUCGUUGUUUCUCACGAUUUCCGAUUGCUCGACAAGAUUGCCAAGCAGAUUCUCGUCUGCGAGAACCAGACUAUCCGCACAUGGGACGGUUCCAUCUCCGAGUACAAGAACUACCUCCGAAAGAAGAUGAUCAGCGCCGGAGCAGUCUAA